AGUGAGUGAGUAAGAAAGAACGAGGAAAAGAGGGAGUGUGUGUACAUGUACCGGAGAGGGAGAGAGAAAGAUAAGUUAGGAGUGAAAGAAACUGAAAUUGUGUGUGUGUGUGUUUUUUAUUUUUAGUACGGGAGGAGAGGUAAAACCCAGCCGGCCACUAGAAUUAACCGGGGCGCCACAGGAGGAGAAGAUUUUCCCUUACCUUUUUUCUUUUUUUUUGGGAGCUGUUAGAAUAAAAAAAAGAGGGACGCGGCGUUGUUAAGUCCCGCUGAUCUGAUGGUCAUGACGGCAGCUGUCGAUAUGAAACCGACGUUAACAAUCAUAAAGGCUGAAAAAAUGGACGAUCCGGAGUGUGGAGAUGUCCCCCUGCUAACUCCAGGAAGUAAAGAGAUGAUGUCCCAGGCUCUGAAGGCCACGUUCAGUGGCUUCACGAAGGAGCAGCAGCGGCUGGGUAUUCCCAAAGAUCCCAGACAGUGGACAGAAAACCAUGUGGCUGAGUGGCUAACAUGGACAGUGAACGAGUUCAGUCUGAAGAAUGUCGACUUUGACAAAUUCUGUAUGAACGGAGCCACCCUGUGUGCGAUGGGGAAGGAUCGCUUCCUGGACUUAGCGCCUGAUUUUGUGGGCGACAUCCUUUGGGAACAUUUAGAGAUGCUUCAGAAAGAGGAUACAAAGCAUUACCCCAUCAAUGGACUGACCUCCAACUUCCAGGAAUCACGUUAUACCUCAGACUACUUUGUCAGCUACGGUGUUGAGCAUGCUCAGUGUGUCCCUCCUUCUGAAUACUCAGAGCCCGGCUUCAUCACGGAGUCCUACCAGACACUUCAUCCCAUCAGCUCGGAGGAACUGCUGACGCUUAAGUAUGAGAGUGAAUACCCCGCUGUCAUCCUCCGCGACACGCCCCUCAACCCGCUACAGGGGGACUACUUCUCUGUCAAGCAGGAGGUGGUGUCCCCUGACAACAUGUGCGUGGGACGCCUCAGCAGAGGUAAGCUCGGCGGCCAGGACUCCUUCGAGAGCAUCGAGAGCUUUGAGAGCUGUGACCGAUUGACCCAGUCAUGGAGCAGCCAGUCUUCAUUCAGCAGCCUCCAGCGGGUACCUUCAUACGACAGCUUCGACUCGGAAGAUUACCCCACCGCCUUGCAUGGCCACAAGCCCAAGGGCACUUUCAAAGACUAUGUGAGGGAGCGCUCAGACCUCAGCAAGGAUAAACCCGUCAUCCCGGCAGCGGCACUGGCUGGAUACACAGGCAGCGGCCCCAUCCAGCUGUGGCAGUUUCUUCUGGAGCUGCUGACCGACAAGUCUUGCCAGUCCUUCAUCAGCUGGACAGGCGACGGCUGGGAGUUCAAGCUGUCUGACCCAGAUGAGGUUGCUCGGAGGUGGGGCAAGAGGAAAAACAAGCCGAAGAUGAACUAUGAGAAGUUGAGCCGUGGCCUACGCUACUACUAUGACAAGAAUAUCAUCCACAAGACAUCAGGGAAACGCUACGUCUACCGAUUUGUCUGUGACUUAAAAAGCCUGCUGGGGUACACGCCCGAGGAGCUCCAUGCAAUGUUGGACGUAAAGCCCGAUACGGACGAGUGAAAGCACAGAGGAGGAAGGAAGCGAAGACAGAAGUCAAGGAGCCGCGUGGACUGCGGCUCGUAAAGUGGUCUUAACUGUUUGAUAGAGUCGGUAAACCGUUUUUUUUGGGGGGACCAAAAAUGUUUUUGAUGACUAAUUAUGGUCUUUUUUCAACUUCAAGCUCCUGUCUCUCAGAACAUGUUUUAAAAAGAAGGCACAAGCCAAAAGCCUGUAUUCAUACCCUGUUGCAUUUGAGGUGUGUGUGCGUGCGUGUGUGAGAGCGAGCGUUAUUUAGCAGCUCGAGGCAGAUGGAGCGCUAUAGAGUUCAGCUUCUGUUCUGCCCAAGACAGAGGACCAAGACAGACAGUCUGAGAGGACGGAGAAAACGAGCAAAAUUAAACUGAUUCAUUUCGUUGUUGGGGUAAACAGAUAGCGGGCAAAAGUUCCCGCUAAGGAAAAAAAAAACGGUUGCCAAAAUGUAAAAGCCGAAGCCCAAGGAAGGUAUAAUGUCAUAUUUGCAUACACGCUCACUGUUUCUCUUUGGCAAAGAGAGUUUUCAGCUUGGACCAAAAAGUGUUGUUUCUAAUUUUUUUUUGAGAAGCGUAUGCUUGUGCCAGUAUUAUGCGUAUUAUUGAUGUUCAGAACACCCGAUGUAAAACACACCAGGCGUAUAUUGGAAAUACUUGUUUUCUUAUGUUGUCGAUGAAGGUAUUACAGUGGAACCAAACAUUAGCUGCCAAGUUGAACCGUUCUGAUCUCCAGGAGCCUUUAACUGAAAUGCGCCGGUUCGUUAUCAGACAACACUAUAGACGCCGGGCCUGUGCUCCGGAAGGUGUGAGGACCUGGUGAUAUUACUCAUACCAAGAGUGUCUGAUAGACAGACAACUGAAAGUAGCCGUUGCUUUUGAAACUGACGCUUUCACCUUUACGUACAUGUUUGCCAUCUUGUUAGGGACACAUAUUGUGACUGAAACUUAUGCAUUUUUGCAUAUACCACCAGUAUUAGCAAACUGUAGACAAUCUAAUGUGGGGAAAUUCAGGAGUCUUUGGUAAGAAGAGUUGUUUAAUGUGCAGAUUAGAUGCAUAACUUGUCGGUUCACUGUCCAUGUUCGUGUUGCUUUAGAAGUGUUGGAGUAGUCUCGUCCGUCCGUAUGUCUGUACAAUAAAAUCACAAGUGAAAUAGCUGAGGGGGUGAUUUUACAAAAUCCUAAGAAUGUCAGAUUUUCUUUCUUUUGUUAUGCAGUACAUUUUGGGUAAAAGGAAGCGGAUAGAGUGUGGAGUGAAGGUACAGUGUAGGAAAAAAAGGGGCAGGCAAUAGAGAGAUGUUGAGAAGAGCGUAUGGGAAGUUGUGUGGGAUAAAUGAAGGUGGCAGAAAGGAAUCUGUGGAUCCUGCAGGUGAUGAUCACCUGCGAGGUCGGAGAGGAAUGAUGCGAGCUGGCGCUGCUCGGAGCUUUGCAUUACAUGGGUUGCGUCCUCGAUGCUGGCAGGCGUUUUGUAUUUCGUUUUCAGCUGCGUGUGUGUCACAAAAUAAUAUUCAGUUCAUAGCGAGCGUCUCGUGUAUGGUUCCUCAUAUAUUCGUGCCGUUUGCUCGGAAGACACGCAAGAUUCACUGGUUACGUUUGAGCAAAUUGGCAGCAGUUUCCUCCCAGCAGUGGGAACGGUGGCUGUACACUGGCCUUAUGGGAAAUGCCAAAGUGGAGUAUCAUCUUAGAAUACAAUGUUAUUGUUUACAGUGGCUGAAUGUUACCCAUAUGGAUGAGAAUAGCUUUUGAGAUGUCUAUUUGUACAGAUUCUAUUUCAUGAUGCUUUAUUGAGACCCAGAUUACGCAAAUAAGCAAGAGACAAAGCAGGAAUAAUAACCAAAACCCAUGUGAGGUCUUCGGGUAUCGUCCACAAUGUUGGAAGACAGGGACCAGAAUUCUCAAACGUCUUUGCGAGUGUUGAUCCUCCUUUCAUCUUUUGUUAGUAUGUUGGAAAGCACACAGCUUCAGGACAAAGAGAAACGCCUUCGCUGGUCUGGGUUUCCCACUGAGCGUUGCAAAGAGAUGCUGUAUGUGUUUGCAAUGCUUGAUCGAUAGCAAAAGCCUGUCCGCCAUCAUCAAGCACUGACUCACAAACCCUCGCCCAUGCUCGCCAUCCGACGCAACAAAUUCAUUAGUAAUGCUGCACUGUACUCUCAUUCUGUGUGCAUGUUGAUGUCAAGGUUUCAAAACACUGUUUCGUUCGUUUUGUUCAGGUUCCUUUUCUGAUGUCAGCGUUUUAUGUUCAACAGAGCUUUACAGAGAUUUAAAAAUUAUUGUCGUCAGUGCCCUGAAAAAGCUUUCUUUUUUUUCCCCACACAAGGUCAUAAUAUUAGUUGGUUGGCUUCAUAAGAUUCAUGCGCUAAAGAAAACAUUCUGUUACCUAAAAUGUUAAUAUUUUGAAAAUUGUUUUGUCAGGAAGAUAUACAAUGUUCAGUGUCACAGAUUGCAAUCUACUGCAGGUCGUAUGUAUUAAUGAACCUUAGUUGGACAAGUGUAUACACACCAGUAGUUUGUGGCAUAUGCAGAUCUCAGAAUGGAUUCAGAAGGAAACCUUUUUUGUUUUGGAUGUUGUUUUUUUUUGUAUAUUUUAUAGUGUCUCUGUAUUUUUGUUAUGAGAUCAUUUUUAUUGUAUUUAGUUCACAAACAUUUGAAUAUUUUUCAAUAAUUUAUAUUUUAUAAAAGACAAGAGACGCAGACAGCUGGUGCUUUCAUGGGAAUUUAAAGGUAGCGCAGGACAAAAUAAUGUAGCGAUUAUGUGUUUUGUUUUUGUUUUUUUAUCCUUUUUUUUAUACAGAAAAUAGACCUGUCUGCUCGAGAAAAAAAGGCUGAUGCUGGCCCAUCAAUGAUUUCCGCUGGAAAGGUUUUAUAAACUGUAGCUUCUAUUUCUAAAAUGUACUUAAUGUACUUCAAAAUGUUAUAAAAUAUAUGUGAACAAAGAUUUCA